UAGUCUGUGUAACCUAAUAACACAUUAAACCGCUACCAAAACAAAAUACAACCGGUUUGGAUCGCUGGAGAGAGGGUCAUCUCUCUGAAAUAACAUUGUCAAAUCGCACACGAAGAUCUUGUUUUGAACAAUCAAGAGGUUUUGCCAGUGACAGAAAGCCUUUUAAAUUUACAUUUAUCUGCCGGGAUAUAAUGUGAAAAAUUGUAGAGCAACAUGUCGCCAAUUUAGAUUGGCUAACAAACCAUUAUCCUAUAAACAGCUAUAGGAUAGACGUCUAUAAUUUUCAAAGAACACUUUUACAAUAGUGCAAUAAUGCAAAAAGAAUGGUUGCAAUCUUUUUUUUAAUGCAUGUAACAAGCACUGGUUUAAUUAAAAUCAAUAAUAUUUGUAAGCUGCGGCUAUGAGUAUUAUUUCUUGAACUGCACAGAUUCGGAUUUGUGACUUAUCAAUUAUGAAUACGAAAUGGUGACUAAAACUUAAUUUCAAACAUAAAUAAAAGCAAAAUUUUCUUAUCACAUUACCAUGUGUGUGUGUGUUUUGCACUUAGACUUUGUGUGUGCUUAAAUAUACAUAUACAUAUACAUUAACAUGUAGCGUAAUCCUAGCUAUCAAUUUCCUUGUGGACAACUAAAUGAAUGUUUACUAUAAACCAAACUGUAAACAAACCUGCUUCAUUCCCACGCAAAAGUGUCAAGAGCGUUAAGUGUGCCUCAAUAUUUGAUGGUGUCCUUUUGGAAAGCCGGAAGCAAUCUCCUGGCUGCAGGCAGGCGCAUUUCCUCAUUUCUACGUCAGUGGGUUAGUGGCAUCCACCGCAGCACUGGAACACCUUCACCAGUGCUCCAGCCAGUGGAAUGGCAGGCCAGAGCCCAUUUGGCUGAGAGCCAGACUUGGAGUUAAAACCAGUUUGGGGCGCUAAAGAGCGGGUCAGCCCCCGCUUAAGCUCUCUUAGCUGUUUCAGCGGUGGGCUUCGCUGCCGAAAUACCACGAUUUUGCACAUUCGCCAAUUGGAGCUGGGAGUCUGAAGCGGUCGCUCGGUGUCUAAACAACGUAGUCGCGCUUGCCCAAUAAUAAAGUAACCCAGUACCACCUGUAUUCCCACCAGCGAUGAGUGAUCAGUGAGUGAGUGAGUGAGUGCCACAUACUGCAACAGUGACUCCAAAAUCGGAAAGGUCAGUGGUUUAGUGACCCCCCCGUAAGUGAAUCAGUCGCAAUGAGAUUGGUCUGGCUGCAGCUCCUGGCUGCUGGGGGAGCCCUCUACCUGACCAUCGGUUGUGCAACGGCCGCCAAGGCAUCCACCACAAGCCGCGGAGUUGCACAAUACAAGCUCCCGCUCCCAGCUCCACAGCCAGCCCACGAAACUGCGGUGGUUUCAGGACCGGAUCAGCAUCAGUCCAGACGGCCACAGCAGCAGGGUGCAUCCAACCAGCGGAGGCGCACUCAGGUCGUCCGCCGGCGCAGGCCCUCCUCAUCCACCACAACUACAACAACCACCACCACCUCCUCCACCACCACAACAACAUCAACAACAACUACCACAACUACUCCGCGUCCCAGCUUGGCCAACGGCUUCAACUUCUUCAAUCCGAACUUCUGGAGCUUUGGCCAACAGAGUUUGGUGGCAGUGCGUCCGCCCACCAAGCAGCCUCAUCCGCCCAAGAAGUUCAGUCCCAAGGAGGACAAGUCUAGUCAGCGUAAGCCGCCCAAGACCACCAGGAAACCUUUGGCCAACACAACGGUUAGAACACCCACAACAACCACACUGAAGUCCACCACGGAUGGUCCCUUCCGGAUCGCCCUGCCCACGCUCAACUUUCCCAGCGAUGACAAGGACAAGGAGAAGGAUAAGCAGAAGGACAAGGAGAAGGGCAAGCGGGCGGCUGCCGAGCUGCGAUUGAGGUUCGAUUGUCCUCGGGAGAACGAGGUGAGGUUCCAGCUCUUCCCCAAGAUCUGCAAGACGGAUCGGGACUGCGCCGUCUGGCAGAGAGAUGAGCUGUGCUGUGAUAUCUUCGGGGCCAGCAGCUGUGUCUCCGGGGUGCCCAAGCCCCUGGAGGAGACGCCACAUGCUCCCAUCCUGGGCUUGAUACCACGCAAGUGCCCCAGCAGACCGCUGGCCGAGCUCUGGUGGGAUGUCCAGGAGUGCAGCUCGGACAUGGACUGCUGGCCAAGGGUCUGUUGUCCGGAUGGCCGCAGAAGGUACUGCCGCACCUCGCAGCCGGAGUUGGAAACGGCCCCAGUGCCUGUGAAGCGCUCUUUCGACUACCUUACGGAGUACCUAGAGUGCACGGCUCCACCGCCGCCCAUUUUUGACCUGCACCCCAAGGCGUGCACCUCCACUUUGGACUGUUUUCCGAACGUAUGCUGCCAGGAGGCGGGACUCCGGCACUGCCGACCGCCCAAGAAGUCCGUGCUCACCCUGAUGGCCAACUUCCUGAACGUGGACUUCGUGAAGCGACUGGCCCAGAAUAUCGUUAUCAAGUAGGCCGCGAAUUUCCCACUAUUUUGUAACUAAUGUGCGUCGAUGUCGAGCACCUUCAACAGAAGCGUUUCGAAACUGCCGUGAUAUCUCGGUCGUAUUUGUUUGGCCACGCUGAUAACCAAAAAGAAAACAUGCCCAUGCCCACACAUAUGUACUUGUACUGCGCACUAAGUGUACCCAAUCGAUUCCCCGUAAUCCUCCAUUUAUGUUCACCUAGCCUAGUAUUAGACAUAAGCUGCAUUCGUAGGCUAACAAAUUAAAUGCGAGCCAUAAACUCUGA